GGAAGGACUCUGUGGGGUCUGGGUCUAUCUGAAGUGUGCCACUCCCUCCCCUGUUCCCAUGUUACUUUCUCUUCGUGUUUCAUUCCUUAAUCUCUUCAGUCUGUCUUGUUCCCUCGUCUGUUCCCUGGCAUUUGGGUCAUCCUCACUUCACAUUAUCUGUGCACGCAGAUCCUGACACAAGUCAAGACAAGAACAAGUUGCCAGUUAUGAUUUCACAAAAACAUUUGUAUGUCAUACAAGUCUGCAAUUGAAAUCAACUGAGAGAGCUUCGAAUCCUUCUAUAAUGUAUUCCAUGAAGACGGGCCAGAAAAGAAGAAUGCCUUCUUUCCAAGCUCUAUACAAACUGAUGGGACGUCCACACAUCUGAAGACAACAUUCAACAACAGACUUUGCCUCUUCAACCUGACUUUUUGACAGCUAAAGAUGUGUACUCUGGUGCAAAAUCAAAAAUUGCUAAAGGAAUACCUGGAUGAACUACAUGAGUCUAAGCUAACUGAAUUUCAGUGGUACUUGGCUCAGAAUAAGAGAGAAGGAUCCCGACCUAUCUCGAGGUCCCAGCUGGAGAAAGCUACCAGAGAGGAGACUGUUGACAAGCUGGUGCAAGUUUACAGCGAAGAUGGUGCUGUAGAGGUUACAGUCGACAUUUUAUUUAGGAUGAAUUUAAAUGACCUCGCAAUAAGGUUAACCAAAGAAAUAUUACGUGAGACUGUGGAAGUGCAGCCAUAUUCUGGUCCUAUAUUCCAUAAGUCAGAAACAGUCAUGCCUGAAGAGUUAGAAGAAAAGUCACUCUCCAUCCUAAUGAAAGAAAACAAGUCAGGUGAUAAAGAAUUGGAAAUCAUCACAAACAGUGGACAAGAAUCAUCUGUCACUGAGGAUAUGUCUUGUCCAAUUUGCUUAUGUAUUUUCACUGAACCUGUGACGCUGCAGUGUGGCCACAGCUUCUGUAAGGACUGUGUGCAAGACCACUGGAGAUUGAAAAAAGGUAAAAAAUGCGCAAUCUGUUGUCAAGUCAUCUACAACCCUGAACCUCCGUCUAAUUUUGUUCUGAAGAGUUUGAGUGAAAGAUACAAAAGGCUCACUGAUUCAUCAGAAGGACACAGAAAUGUCCCAUCAGAGCCACACCAGACUUUUUCCAAGAAUGUCAUGGGAAAGCAGGUAGCUUUUGAAAGAGUCAAGCAAGUGUGCAACUCAUCAACUGAACAUAUUAAGACUCAGAGGAAUGACGCAGAGAAGAAGAUUCGGGAGGACUAUCAGAAGCUUAGACUCUUCCUGGGGAGAGAGGAAGAAGCCAGAAUAGCAGCAUUAAAAGAAGAGGAGACUCAAAAGAUUAAUACAAAGCAGAGGUUGACAGAUCUCCACAGAGACAUCCUUUCACUCUCUGACAGUGUGAAAGACAUAGAAAAGCUUUUAGAACCUAAUUGCUCAUUCAUGCAGAACUGCAUUGGUAAGAGCUCAGAAUGCACUGCCAGACCCCCAGCAACUUCCACAAGCACAGAUAAAUGUUUCAGAACACAUGGAAAACCUUUAGAGAAGAAUCUUGGAAAAAAUGAUGAUCGACAUAAUAUUCAGUCCUACUUUCCUUUUUUUUGUUUUUGUUUGUUUUUGUAUGUGUAUAAUGAGUUCAUGAUCUGA